UCUCUCUAUCUCUCUACUCUCUCUAUCUCUCUACUCUCUCUACUCUCUCUACUCUCUUCUUGAUAUCUCCACUCUACUCUACUAUUAUGCUGCUCAGAUAUCUCAUCCCCCUCUCCCUCCUCCUCUCCUCAGUCACCGCCCUCCCUAUGCCGUCCCCGAGACACCACCCCUCCUGGGGCAUGCUCCCCCCUCGCGCCCAUACCCACCGCAUCCAGCACCACUCUCUUCCUCCGAAUGAUCCUGAACUUGAUCUGAAGCACCAGGAAGAGACUAUCAUUGAUGUCUCUGAGGAGCUUGAUUAUACCCUUGAUGUUGGCAGUCAGUAGACUACUCUCUCUACACUGUACUGGAUACCUCAUGCUGUCAUAGACUAGUCUGUCUUUACUCUCUUCUCUCGUGUAGACAACAUACUUAUGCUCAAUACUAUACCCAUUACUACAAUAAAUACAUCAUGCACUAUCAAUCUAAUGCAUCUACACACUCCCUCCGUAUCCUCUCCACCCCCCUCACCUCCCCCAUCCUCUCCAAC